AUGGGUGGAACGGGUGCUGCGCCGAAAAUCACCGGAAAUCGCAUUCCGAUUGUGCCCGAUGGAGGAUGGGGAUGGAUGGUCGUCCUCGGCUCUUUCCUUAUCCACGUGAUCGCUGACGGUUUCGUCUACUCGUUUGGUAUUUUGGUGGACGUUUUGCAAAAGGAAUUCAAAACGGACAACGCGGCGGCGGCGCUGAUCAUUGCGUUGCUCACCGGACUCACGCUGGGUUCAGGCCCAAUCGCGUCGGCGAUCACGAACAAGUUCGGCUGUCGGAUAGCGUCGAUCAUCGGCUCGUGUAUCGCUUCGGUUGGUUGCUUGGCCUCUUACUUCGCGACAUCGAUGGGUUUCAUUACGUUCACCGUCGGAAUCGUGAUGGGAAUCGGCUUUGGAUUAAUGUAUUGUCCGGCGAUUGUCAUUGUGACGAUGUACUUUGAGAAACGUCGCGCUUUGGCUACAGGAAUCACAGUGUGUGGAGCGGGUGUUGGAUCGGCUUUGUUCGGGCCGAUUAAUGAGAGAGUGAUCAAAUAUUUUGGAUGGAGAGCUGUUUUCUUGUCGUUUACUGGAGUGAUCCUUUUCUGUACUCUUUGUGGUGCCACUUUCCGUCCUCUUCAAUUCAUCAGCGCUGAUGAGAAAGACGAAGAAGAUGAGGAAGGAGAAGAGAAAAAAGGAGAUGAGACAGAGCACACAAAGCACGGAAAAGUUUCUCGAGCUGGAAAUCUCCCAUGGAUCAUGGAAGAUGCGGCUCUUUUGACUCCAAACGAUCCAAGGAUCAGAACGCACUCGUCGAGCUCGUCGCAGAUUGAUCGAACUGGAACCAACUCGGCGAAAGGCUCAAAACUCUCAUUGCGAGCCGCCAAUUCGAUGGGUCAAGUGAACGGUGAUGGAUUGAGAGGGAGAAGCCGCUCGGGUACGGUCACUUCGUCCACCGGGUAUCUUCAGAAGAAAGACGUUUUCUAUAUGGGAUCGAUUCACAAUGUUUCUGAGUUCAAAGAGAAUCCCGAUAAAGUUCGAUCAAUCACCUCAAUUCAUCAGGCGGUCACGGAAGAGAUGGCGGCAAGAGAUGAGAAUAUUUUAGAAGUGAUCUCCCGUAUGUUGAACCUUUCCCUUCUCACCGAGGUGCCCUUCCUUCUCUUUGCCAUUUCCAAUUUGAUGACAUCGGUCGGCUUCAAUUCUCCUUUGUACUUCUUGCCGAUUCAUGGAGAGAAAGGCUUGGGACUCACAUCGACGGAUGCUGCGUUGGCCAUCACGACUUUUGGAAUCACAAACACAGCUGGUCGUUUGGUGUUCGGAUUGAUCGGUGAUCGAGAGCUGCCAUUGCCGUACGGAUGGGGGAAAGAUCCGGCCCGGAAUCGCCUCUGGAUCUAUAACCUCUCAUUGACGUUCUGCGGAAUUCUCACCGCUUGCUCGUACUUCUUCAACGGUUUCAUUCAACUUUGCGUCUACGCGGGUCUCUUCGGGUUUAGCAUCUCCUCAUACGUUUGCUUGACAUCGGUGAUCCUUGUCGAUUUGUUGGGCUUGGAAAAGUUGACGAAUGCUUUCGGAUUGCUGCUUCUGUUCCAGGGAAUCGGCACCGUUUUCGGCCCACCAAUCUCCGGGUAUCUUGCUGAUUUGACAGGCUCCUAUCACCCAGCUUUCGUCUUUUGUGGAAUCAAUUUGGCUGUCUCUGGCUUAAUGCUUUUCACCAUUCCUUUUCUCAACAAACGAAAAGAGAAUCAACAACAGAAAGAACAAGGAGUGAAGCCAUUAGUCGAUCACGGGAAACUCACCAAUUUGGAUUUG